CCUACGGCACCAUGGUGUCUGUUUAGUAAAAGUGCGGGGUUGCCAUGAGUCAGUGGGCAUCGCCAGCAAAGACCUUAUAGGUUGGAAGUCUCGGACUGUAGGAGCCGCUCGAAGCGCCGACGGCCGGAUCAGGAUGCCGGGGCUGCGGUGAUUCCCUGAAGGCGUGCACAGGCGGAACAUGGUGUCGGAGGAUGGAAGCGGACGACGUGUCGGUUAGAGAGCAGCUCUUCCACGACCGUGUUCGAGAGACCAUAAUCUUCGUCCUCUUCUUCGUUUGUCUCUACAUCUUUUCCUACCUCGUCAUCACUCACUAUAAGAGGAAUGCAGAGUUUAUGGCAGACGACAACGAAGAUGCAACGGUGAACAGAAUUUCGCUGUGGCUAUGCACCUUCUCGCUCUCCGUGUCAGUGGGUGCCGUCCUCCUGCUGCCCCUCUCCAUCCUGUCCAAUGAGGUCUUGCUCUUUGUCCCUGACAGCUGCUACAUACAGUGGCUAAAUGGCUCCCUUGUGCAUGGACUGUGGAAUCUCAUCUUCCUCUUCUCCAACCUCUCCCUGGUGUUUCUCCUGCCCUUCGCCUACUUCUUUACCGAGUCUGAGGGAUUUGUAGGCUCCAAGAAGGGUGUGAUGAGCCGUGUCUACGAGAGCACGGUGGUGCUUCUGCUUCUCAGUCUGCUGGUCCUGGGUUUGCUGUGGCUGGUGUCUGCUCUCACCCACCACGACGCGGCCAGGGAGAGCCUCAAUGACCUGUGGGAGCGCUACCUGCCCUACCUGUACUCCUGCAUAUCUUUGGUCGGAGUCCUGCUGCUGUUGUUGUGCACGCCCCUUGGGCUGUCCCGGGUCUUCAGCGUCACGGAGAGCAUCCUGGUGAAGCCCCGGCUGCUGGAGAACAUUGAUGAAACUGCGAGCUGCGUGGCAUUUGAGGAAGCCUGUCUUUCCAAGAAGCUGGCAGGCAAAUCUUCUUGCUGGAUCAGCCUCAACCUGGAUGUUCUCAAGAAUCAGUUUCUCUCCAUACAAGCCAGGCGGGUGUCUCUAGAGCUGAAGAGGAAAGCAUCUCCCUGGCAACGUAACGUGGGCUACCCACUGGCCUUACUGCUCUUGCUGGCACUGACGGUACUCUGUGUUCUGAUAGUUAGCUUCCAUGUGCUAGAGCUGCUUUUCGACGAUACGGCCAUGCCCCGAGGAAUGGAGGACCCCCUCUUAGGGGCGGCCUCAUUCUCCAUGUUCGGCUCGUUCGGUGCUGCUGUGCAGGUCAUCCUUAUCCUAUACCUGAUGGCAUCGUCGGUGGUCGGCUUCUACAGCCUGCCCCUCUUCACCACCCUGCUGCCCCGUGUUCAGGACACCACCCUGACGCAGAUCAUUGGGAACUGCGUCUCCCUGCUUAUGCUCAGCUCGGCCUUGCCGGUCUUUUCCCGCACCCUGGGAAUCACACAUUUUGACCUGCCUGGGGACUUCGGACGGUAUGAUUGGCUGGGGAACUUCUACAUCAUCUUCAUGUACAACAUGCUGUUUGCGGGGCUGACAUCAGCCUGCCUCAUGAAGUCCAUCACCCGGGCUAUGCAGCGGGAACUCAUCUGCGCUGUGGGGCUACACAAGCUACCUUUGAAAGUGACUCGUCCUAAAGUCUCCUUCAAGCGUCUCUUAGCCAGAAUGAACGUUCAUCAUUCUGCUACCACAGCUGUGACAGUUGUGGAGCUCAGUAAGCAGUGACGUUAAACCAGACUUGUGAGAUGGAGGCGCAGAUGGACAGUGCAGACCUGGGACAGGGACCAAGUGCAUCUGCUUUCUUCACAUCACAGCAGAUUAUUUGAAAGAUGGAUGGGAUCAAAGGAAACUAUUGUACAAUAUUGAAUGUUUAGUGUAGUGAAGCUUGUUUGAUCGGUGGUACACUUCAUGCAUUGGAACAAUACCUUUGUCGUUGGGUAUAUUCGUGAUUUGGUUCCUUCCUCUCUGAAUGGAUUCUCUUGACCUUGGUGAGAAGCCAGUGUUGCAUCACCUGCACUCACCUGGAUACAGUUUGAUGUCAUUGCCAUUUUUGGUGUUUAAUGUGUGAGCUAAUUUUACUCUUGUGGGGAUCAUUUCAGGCUUCUUUCUACUGCUGUGCCUGUUGAAUAACUCAGACCUUAAGCAUUUUAGGGUUCAUCCUCUCUAGUACUUUGGUCUUUGUCUAUAAACUUAUGAGUGUUUAUCAAAAUAUUUCAGUUAUCCUCGUCUGUAAUGUGCAGUGUUGUAAUACUGGGUUGUGUACCAUUAGAAGUUGCUCUUAAACCACCGUUAGAAACCUCACAUGUUGAAAUUUCCAAUCUUCUGUGACUAUUUAUUCUGUGGUAUUCUUAUGUACCCCAGUAGUGGGACACUAAAAUGCUGUAAAAUCAGAUCGGUACAAGGCAGCUUGACUUUCCCGGGUCUGUCCUAUGCACACAUUUUAUGCACUUUCGGUGUUUGGAAUUUGUUUGCUCAAUGAAGUUUGAUUUUUGUAUUAACUGUGAAAAAUAGCUCCUAGUUAGCUUUGACAGCUAUGAAGAGGGGAAAAUGCUAGUUUAGUGUAAACAAAAAAACUGGAAUCAGUGAGGGGAAGUAAGUAGAAUUGUGCUAUAAUAUCCAAAAGCAUAAAAUUCUCAAUAUUGGAAGAUCAGUAAAAAAAUGUAAUAACAGGUAUAAAAUUGUGAUCCUUUUGUUUAAAUUUGUAGUAUUAGCUUUGCUUUUAAACUGUAAAAAUAUGAAAAUUAUGGACCUUUAUUUAAUAAAAACAUGUAUUUUUUUUUCAAAA